ACCCAAUGUAAACAAAAUAAACAUUAUCGCCUAAACACAAAAAACAAUAAAUAUGCAUAAAGUGACAGUUAUCAUGUGACGCGCGGCCAUCUUUGAAACAAGAUGGCGUCGUUCGGCGUGUUCCGAUUCCUGGUGCUGCUGGCUGCACUGGUGUGGAUCCUGGCGGAGGAGAGGAAUGUCACCAGGACAUAUCCUUGGAGUAAUGGGAGCUGGUUCAACAUGGGCCUCCUAGAAUUCGAGAAAUGGUCCAACCAGCCAGACCUAUUCACGGAAAAGUCCCGAGUAUGUGCCAAACUCCAUGGUCUGACUCCUGGCCAGCGAAGAGUCUGUCGACGUCAUAAGGAUCAUAUGCCUAUCGUCAGUUUGGGGGUCAAGCAGGGUAUUAAUGAAUGCCAGUACCAGUUUAAAGGAAGAAGGUGGAAUUGCACUGUGACUGGGGAUGCCACUGUCUUUGGACCCUUAACUUUGAUUGCAUCACGGGAAACCGCCUUCACGCACGCGAUAACUUCGGCCGGCGUAUCUCUCUCCGUAUCCAGGGCUUGUCGAGAUGGUCGGCUGUCUAGUUGUAGCUGCAGCCGGGCUGCAAGACCUAGGAACCUACACUCUGAUUGGGUGUGGGGAGGAUGCGGGGACAAUCUCGAGUAUGGCUACAAGUUUACAGAAGUCUUCGUGGACAUCAGGGAACGGGAGCGCAAAGUGAAGAGAGGCAGCCGCGAGCAGGGCCGACAGCUCAUGAACAGACAUAACAAUGAAGCUGGGAGAAGGGCCGUGAUAGCAAAAUCCCGCGUGACAUGCAAGUGUCACGGAGUCUCCGGUUCCUGCAGUCUCAUCACUUGCUGGCAGCAACUAGCCACCUUCAGGGAAAUCGGUGAAUUUCUAAAAGACAAGUACGAAGGUGCGACCGAGGUAAAGGUUUCCCGACGAGGUAAGCUGCGGCUGAGCAAUCCUCAUUACACGUUGCCCACCGCUCAGGACCUGGUCUACCUUGAGGAGUCGCCUAACUACUGCGUGAAGAAUGAGACACUGGGAUCCCACGGUACAACAGGCCGCGAAUGUAACAGGACAUCAUCAGGCAUGGAUGGUUGUGCGCUAAUGUGCUGCGGUAGAGGCUACAAUACUCGACGAGUGACCGUGAAGGAACGAUGUGGCUGCAAGUUUCAUUGGUGCUGCAGAGUAGAAUGCAACACCUGUGUCAGAACCACGGAGGUUUAUACUUGUAAAUAGUAUUAAGUCCUUCAGUCUUAUCAGCGGAAUAUAAAUUGUCUUUUUCUACUAAGUAGGCCUCCUACGCAAUUUUAGAACCUGUGUUCUCUUAUGGUAGUGAUAAAACCUGGUCUGAAUCCUAUGUAAUUGCUGCUAAAAUGUUGUAUCACUUUCUAAACAUUUGCAAGUAAAAGAAAACCAUUUAGUUGCAGUUGCAAAUCAGUCCCUUGGCAAUUAAAACAAUUUUGAAAAUUGAACUAUUCUAGGUCUAGGCUGAUUUUAGACUCGAAGAAGAAGGGCGUUUUUUAUGCAUAAUUACGAAAAUUUUAUAGAUCUCAAUUAAUUGAUAUUUCAUAAUAAUAUUACAAGUAAAAAAAUAAGCGUUUCGAGUUAGUUGUAAUAAGAAUCUCAAGUGUUUGUGUCAGUUAAUGUAAUGUAAAACAAAAAGUACUGCUCAGUAUUUCUUAAAUUAAAGUUUUAACUUUACAUCAUGGUAGAUACAUAUUGUAUUUCUAAACUAGUAGCUAACUUAUAUAAACAAACUUAAAUUUUUUCUUCUUUUUGAAAUGCUACGCAUUUAAACCUGAAUGUUAUAAGAUUUUGAUGCUUAGUGUUACACAGUCUAGUGUUAAACAGUUUUGUGAUAAAGCUUGAAGAGUACUUAACAAUUAAAUUAUUUUAAUUAUAAUACCUACCUAUACUAUGUUACAUAUACUUAAAUUAGUUUUGUUGCAAAAUAUGUAAUUUAAGAAAUAGUGUAACCGUUAAAUACUCAUUAGAUAUGUGUAAAUAAAGCAUUUUAAG